AUGGACUCACAAGAGGGGUUGCAAGAGUUCAAUGAAAUUCCUACCCAAAGCUUCACCAUGCUCUUACAAGGGGGGUGUCAAUACAACAAUGAAAAUCCACCCCAACCUGAAAAGAAGUCUACUACUAAAAAAACAAACUUCUCAAUAGAAGAAGACGUUUUACUAGUAAAGGCUUGGCUCAAUACUGGCCUUGAUCCAAUUCAAGGGAAUUCUCAAAAAAGCACCAAAUUUUGGGAUAGGAUUUUGGAGAACUAUAAUGAGAACAAGAAAGAAACCACUGUAGAACGGACUGCGCAUUCUUUAUCAAAUCGGUGGUCUUUCAUCCAAAAAGUCAUCAACAAAUUCUGUGGGUACUUGGAACAAGUUGAACAUAGGAAUCAAAGUGGUAUUGGUGAGCAAGAUAAGAUCAAUAUGGCAAAGGCUAUGUACCAGGAGUUGAAUAACAAUGCCAUAUUUCAAUUUGAACAUUUGUGGAAUAUGUUGAAGACAGUACCGAAAUGGAAGAAAUAUAUGUUGACUCAAUCAGAUUUGAAAAGGAAAUGCCUUGAUACAAGUACUUCUUAUCCGCUAGAUGUUAUACAUUUAGGGGAAGAUAACAAUGAUCAAGAUGUACAUGUAGCAUUGGAGAGACCUAUAGCGGAAGCGAAGAAGAGAUUACAUGAGGAGAGAAAGAAAGAGAUCGAUACGACAAAGGAGGAGAUCAUUCGUAUUGAGAAACAAAAGCUUGAGGUUGAACUUAGGAAAGAGGAAAGGGAACAAAAGAAAGAAGAAUUUGAGAAACAAAAGCUUGAGGUUGAACUUAGGAAAGAGGAAAGGGAGCAAAAGAAAGAAGAAUUUGAGAAACAAAAGCUUGAGGUUGAACUUAGGAAAGAGGAAAGGGAGCAAAAGAAAGAAGAAUUUGAAAAACAAAAGCUUGAGGUUGAACUUAGGAAAGAGACAAGGGAACAAAAGAAAGAAGAAAGAGAAAUUAUGAUGAUGGAUACAAGUCACUUGUCUAAAAUACAGGUUGAAUAUAUUCAAUCUCUCCAAAUGGAAAUCAUUGAGAAGCGUAGUAGUAAAUAG